ACACUUGUAUUUCCCCACACAUACAGACAAAAAAGCUGAGCAACACAACUCAAGUCCACACACCACAAAGAUCCAAACAAAACAAACCCCACUGCGGGGGGAAGGAAAGCUCGAUAGCCUUUGGAGUGAACGAACCAACACUUAACCCCUUCUUCGAUUUCUUUCCAUCUGUUACUCGUUUACAAUCCAUUGAUCAUGCCGUCUGGUGCUAAGAAGAGAAAGGCCUUGAAGAAAAAGAAGGAACAAGAAGCCUUUGGAGCCAGUCCAAGCAACAAAGGUUUCAAUGGUCAUGGGUAUGAUGAACAUGGAAGCCAAGAUGAAGGAGAAAGUGAUGGCAACUUGAGUUCCCCUGGUUCUCAAGGAAAUGGAGAAGUUUGGACAAGAGAUCCAUCACCUUCUCCAUUAUCUGGUCUGAAGAAGGACACUGUUAAAGAUAAAACAGACGUUCCUCAAGGACAAGAAGCUAAAGGUGAAGACGUUACUGCACUUGGAAGAGGAACAUGUCACGAGGAGAAGAACGGUGUGGACAAACCACACAAUAACUUUUCUGAAAAUGUUACUCACAAUACUGUUAAAGCAGCUACUAAAGAGGCUGGUGGUGGUACUUUGGAAAUUGCACCUGCUGAUGAUUCUGUCUCAAAGGUUGUGAUUACUAACAACAAUGUGCCAGCUGAAAUCUCGACAGAUUUGGGUUCUGUCCAGCUAGAAGAAGCAAAGGAGGGUAACAUUCCAGGAUCUAAUGCUGAAACAAGUAAAGAAUCUCAAGUGCCAGAAUCUUCUGAAGACAAGAAUCUUCUCCCUUCUGGUCCACCAGUUACUCGAACCUCGUGGUUGAGUUGCUGCGGUUUGUUUGAUGUGAUGGCAGGUUCAGAAAGAUAAUACAGAUAUGUUUGUUGUGAUGAUGAAGAACAUGAGGAGGAAAUCAUUCAGCAAAACAGUGGACAUCUAAAGCUACAUGGUCCAUAGAUUAUUUUAUGUACAUUCAACCAUGAAUGUAUUUUCUUGAUAAUAAUGUGAGUGUUUUGAAAAAUAUACGAACAAGAACAAAAAUUAUCUUCUAUUCAUGUCGAUGAGUUUUGGAUUCAUGAUGAGAUGUGAACAUAGUUCUGUUUUUCUUUUGUGUAAUAUAUAUUGUUGAAUGAUGAACAAAAAAUCGUAGUGGUAAAACUUUGAUAAA